CCAGUACCGUUCAAAGAUGCAGACUGCCGGGAUGCUGCGUGGUACCAGGGCCAUCUACUUUCUCGUACUACUCGUGCCUCUCGUUGAUCAUGCUCAUUCCUAUCCUUAUCAAAUAUUGCCAAGCAUGCCCGGUUACAUACCUGUAUACAUAAGAAAUGGAGAUCAACCAUUGGAGGAAAUAAAUCCUGCCCUGGCUGAAGCAUUCCACGAACACUCGAGCUUAUCCAAGCAGAGUAUUCGAUUGGAUCGCAACUAUGGCCAGCUUGAGCCAACUAAAGAGAGCAGAACCAACUUGGUGGUGGACGAUUCGAGAAAAAUAUAUUAUCCUGCCCACGCUAGAGAAUCCGGAAAUUCAAUAGCCGGGAAUGAAAGGCGUGACGAGGAAGAAACACACGUCGGAAAGAGUCCUGGUCUUGUGCAAGUACCAAAACUCGUUUCCCUUUAUGAAUUACAUGAAAAGUUAAAAAAGACGCAGGAGGAUCCAUUGAAAACUGAUUUCAAUUUAAGGGAGUCUCUGGCCAAAUUCAGCCCGAUCUUAUCGACAGAGAAAAAAGAAGAAGAUCCAGGGAAAUUAUCGCAGGAGAUCGAUAAAGAGGAAAUGAAACCAAACGAUUUGUAUGAUCCUAAUCCAAAUUAUCCUGAGCUACCUGCUGAGAUCGGGCACAAUCGUGAUACUCCGCAGGACUUCGUGUCUGUGAUAGGACUAGAAGCACUGACCGAGCAACCGAACGUUCGCCAAUACAAGGAUCUCUCGCAUCUUACGGACGAGAAAAACGCGGUCGACGAUAAAAACAAGAAGGAGGAGGAACCGGUUAAGGAGCAACGUCCUUCGAAUAUUUUGUCGAACGUGGAGAAACUUUCGCCGAUCGCACCACCGGAAGCUUACGCGAGCCAAAAGUCUGACGAGAAAACAGAAAGCAAAAUUGAAAGUAUAACAGGAACAACAUCAUCUACGGAACAGCCGACAUCUUUUCUUUAUAAAGAUUUAUCUCAUCUCUCCAAUAAUCAAAAAAUAAUUGAUUCCUCCGAUAAGAUGGAAGAGAAAUUGAAAAAGGAAGAGGAAACAUUAUCGGACACCGCAAAUGAUACAGUAAUAAAAAUAACAACGAAAGAAGGGAAUCCAACAAACGUUUUUAAACUUUCGCCAAUCGCUCCACCAGAGGCAUAUGAGUCAGAAGAGAAAUCAAUGAAGGACAAAGUCGAAGAGAAAACUAUUGAUACGUCACUUGUUCAUUUACCGAUUCAACAGCCAAUAGUUCAUCUUUACAAAGAUCUUUCUCAUCUCGUAGACGAUCAAGUAGAAGCGACUAAUGAAAAAGAAAAUAAAGAAGCACCGAUAAAGUUGGAAUCUCCAUUGAAAGUUCCAACUAACGUUUUCAAACUUUCACCAAUUGCACCACCAGAAGAAUAUACGAAGAAAGAAGAUCAAGAAGGUGUUUCUAGUUCAAUACUCAUGCGAGAAAUCGUUCAGGAUGAUAAGAAAAUAGAUCUCACUGAACGUAACGACGAUGUAUUGACGUAAUCUCAAAGGAAAUGAGAUUAUUAUAAUACUUUCGUCUCAUUGACUGAGAAUUCCUUUAUCGAUCAUAUUUGAUAUCUCGGCGAUCAUUUAUUAGGGAUUCUCUCGUUUUACGAUUUUAAAAUGUAGGAUAACAUUUACGUAGAAAGAAAAUUGGAUCUUCUUUUUCUUAAUUAAGAAAGAGACGAUAAUAACUACGUAAUGUUGAUCCUUUAUGAUAUAUGUAUUUCGCUCGAUUAACGUUGUCGUUUUGACUUUUAUUCAAACUUAUAAAAAAGCACGAAGAGAAUAUUGUAAAUUUUUGAAAGAUGAUUGAUCUUCGAUCUCUCUUUCUCUCUCUCGCAUGUCGAUAACGUUGGUUUGAGCGGAUGAAUAGAGGGAAUUUUGAAACUUGAUUCAUAAUAAAACUUUUAAAGACUUCA